GCCCUGCGGUGCUGCAGCUGCGGGCGGCUCCAGCUGCCCCCAGAUGUGGGCUGGGCGGCGCGCGGGGAACUUUCGCGCCGGCUGCGAGUGCGGGGCCCCGGCUGCGGUCCGGCUGCCAUGGAUCCGCCGGCGGGAGCCGCUCGCCGCCUGCUCUGCCCCGCGCUGCUGCUGCUGCUACUGCUGCCGCUCCUGCUACCGCCGCUGCCCGCGGACGCCCGGCUCGCCGCCGCCGCCGACCCCCCAGGCUGGCCCCAGGGGCACGGAGCGGAGCGCAUCCUGGCGGUGCCGGUGCGCACUGACGCUCAGGGCCUCUUGGUGUCCCACGUGGUGUCGGCGGCGACGGCGCAGGCUGGGGUACGGGCCCGCAGGGCUGCCCCUGUCCAGAUCCCGGGUUUCUCUGGAGGCAGCGAGGAGGACCCUGGCGGCCGCCUCUUCUACAAUGUCACGGUCUUCGGCCGAGACUUGCACCUGCGGCUGCGGCCCAAUGCCCGCCUCGUGGCGCCCGGGGCCACGGUGGAGUGGCAGGGCGAGUCGGGCGCCACCCGCGUGGAGCCCCUGCUUGGGACCUGCCUCUACGUCGGAGACGUGGCCGGCCUGGCUGAAGCCUCCUCUGUGGCGCUCAGCAACUGCGAUGGGCUGGCUGGCCUGAUCCGUAUGGAGGAGGAGGAGUUCUUUAUCGAGCCCCUGGAGAAGGGUCUGGCGGCAAACGAGGCUGAGCAGGGCCGUGUGCAUGUGGUGUAUCGCCGGCCACCCACCUCCAGACCCCCUCCUCUGGGGGGGCCACAGGCCCUGGACACAGGGACCUCCCCGAGCGGCCUGGACAGCCUCAGCCGUGCCCUGGGCAUCCUGGAGGAGCGAGUCAACAGCUCCAGGCAGAGGGUGCGCAGGCAUGCUGCGGACGACGACUACAACAUCGAGGUCCUGCUGGGGGUGGACGACUCCGUGGUCCAGUUCCACGGGAAGGAGCAUGUGCAGAAGUACCUGCUCACCCUCAUGAACAUUGUCAAUGAAAUUUAUCACGAUGAGUCCUUGGGGGCCCACAUCAAUGUCGUCCUGGUGCGGAUAAUCCUGCUGAGCUACGGGAAGUCCCUGAGCCUCAUUGAGAUUGGGAACCCCUCUCAGAGUCUGGAGAACGUUUGCCGCUGGGCCUACCUCCAGCAGAAGCCAGACUCCGGCCACGAUGAGUACCACGAUCACGCCAUAUUCCUCACACGGCAGGACUUCGGGCCUUCAGGCAUGCAAGGCUAUGCUCCUGUCACUGGGAUGUGCCACCCUGUCCGCAGCUGCACCCUGAACCACGAGGACGGCUUCUCCUCAGCGUUCGUGGUGGCCCAUGAGACUGGCCACGUGCUGGGCAUGGAGCACGAUGGGCAGGGCAACCGCUGCGGUGACGAGGUGCAGUUGGGUAGCAUCAUGGCGCCCCUGGUGCAGGCAGCCUUCCACCGCUUCCACUGGUCCCGCUGCAGCCAGCAGGAGCUGAGCCGCUACCUGCACUCCUAUGACUGCCUGCGGGAUGACCCCUUCACCCACGACUGGCCAGCGCUGCCCCAGCUCCCGGGGCUGCACUACUCCAUGAACGAACAGUGCCGCUUUGACUUCGGCCUUGGCUACAUGAUGUGUACCGCGUUCCGGACCUUUGACCCUUGCAAGCAGCUGUGGUGCAGCCACCCUGACAACCCCUACUUUUGCAAGACGAAGAAGGGGCCUCCCCUGGAUGGGACCAUGUGUGCACCUGGCAAGCACUGCUUUAAAGGACACUGCAUCUGGCUGACACCUGACAUCCUCAAGCGAGAUGGCAACUGGGGUGCCUGGAGUCCCUUCGGCUCCUGCUCGCGUACCUGCGGCACAGGUGUGAAGUUCAGGACCCGUCAGUGCGACAACCCACACCCAGCCAAUGGGGGACGCACCUGCUCAGGCCUUGCCUACGAUUUCCAGCUCUGCAACUCCCAGGACUGCCCUGACGCCCUGGCUGACUUCCGUGAGGAGCAGUGCCGGCAGUGGGACCUAUACUUCGAGCAUGGUGACGCCCAGCACCACUGGCUGCCCCACGAGCACCGGGAUGCCAAAGAGAGGUGCCACCUCUACUGCGAGUCCAAGGAGACUGGGGAGGUGGUGUCCAUGAAGCGCAUGGUGCACGAUGGGACGCGCUGUUCUUACAAGGACGCCUUCAGCCUCUGCGUGCGUGGGGACUGCAGGAAGGUGGGCUGUGACGGGGUGAUCGGCUCCAGCAAGCAGGAGGACAAGUGUGGUGUGUGUGGAGGGGACAACUCCCACUGCAAGGUGGUCAAGGGCACAUUCACACGCUCGCCCAAGAAGCUCGGUUACAUCAAGAUGUUUGAGAUCCCGGCAGGAGCCAGACACCUGCUUAUCCAGGAGGCAGACACCACCAGCCACCACCUGGCCAUCAAGAACCUGGAGACAGGCAAGUUCAUUUUAAAUGAAGAGAAUGACGUGGAUCCCAACUCCAAAUCCUUCAUUGCCAUGGGUGUGGAGUGGGAGUACCGGGAUGAGGAUGGCCGGGAGACGCUGCAGACCAUGGGCCCCCUCCACGGGACCAUCACUGUCCUGGUCAUCCCGCAGGGGGACGCCCGCAUCUCGCUGACCUACAAAUACAUGAUCCAUGAGGACUCGCUCAAUGUGGAUGACAAAGUCCUGGAGGACAAUUCCGUGGGCUACGAGUGGCCUGAAGAGUGGUCUCCCUGCUCCAAGCCCUGCGGUGGAGGGUCCCAGUUCACCAAGUAUGGCUGCCGCCGGAGGCUGGACCACAAGAUGGUGCACCGAGGCUUCUGCGACUCCCUCUCAAAGCCCAAAGCCAUCCGCCGGGCUUGCAACGCGCAGGAGUGCUCCCAGCCCGUGUGGGUCACGGGCGAGUGGGAGGCAUGCAGUCAGAGCUGUGGGCGGACGGGCAUGCAGGUUCGCUCCGUGCGCUGCGUUCAGCCGCUGCACAACAACACCACCCGCUCCGUGCACACCAAGCACUGCAAUGACGCCCGACCCGAGGGCCGCCGGGCCUGCAACCGUGAGCUCUGCCCCGGUCGGUGGCGGGCCGGACCCUGGUCCCAGUGUUCGGUAACCUGUGGCAACGGCACCCAGGAACGGCCGGUGCUCUGCAGAACCACGGACGACAGCUUCGGGGUCUGCCGGGGAGGAGCGGCCCGAGACGGCCAGAUCUGCAGGCUUGGCCCCUGUCCCCGAAACAUCUCAGAUCCUUCCAAGAGAGCUAUGUAGUUCAAUGGCUGUCCCGACCGGACCCCAACUCACCAGUCCAGAAGACCUCGUCAAGUAACCGGCUCGUUUAUAACUCUGUCUCUGCCCUCCAGUGCAUGCCCUGCGCCUUGUGGA